CUCAAAACGAAGAAGUAAACAUGCGCGAGAACCUGCGCAACAGUGGAUAGUAUUCGACUUGAAAAAAAGAGGUAUGUUUUGAUCCGACGUUGCUAUUUUUGGUUGCAGAAACCCAGAUAUCAAUUUAUCAGUGAAUAGAUCCAUGUCAGACUAUUCCUCAUGAAGUGACCCGAAAUUAACGUCCUCCAAACGCAGAAGAUAAGUGGUAUUAUCAAUCGCGGCCUAGAUUGUAACGUUAAUCCGACUUUAGAUGGACCCCAAGCUCGCUGUGAUGGCCUUGUCAUAGCCACUACUCAUUCUGCAUGCUGGUAGUAAAAACAUUUUUUUUGUUGUUUCAAGUAAGAUACGAAAGACUUUGGCAGCCAAGCAAAAAACGCAAGUAAACGUUAGUAGGAGUGGUUGAAGAUUGAACAAAUUAGUUAUACAUGUCCGCUAGGUGCCCCAGCAUCACAAAUAACAUCAGCCAACAUGUCUUUAGUUGCCUAUGCAAGCAGUGACGAUAGUGAUUCCGAAGAAACUUCUACUAGUGUUGCACCGGAGAGCAAACCGAGUAGAGGGCUAUUUUCAGUUUUACCAGCACCUAAAAAGGCAACGUCAAGUGCACUUCGAAGUGAAGAGCCAAGCAGGCAGGCAAAGUCCAGCAUCUCAUCCAGGGCCACUUCAGUCCAGGAUGGCCCCGAUUCGCAGCCUCAAAAGGGGGGCUUACUUUUCGACUUGCCCAAACCGAAGAAACGUACAGAGCCUGUCAAAAUUACUAUACCGAAGAUCCAAAGAGAAAAUUCGGAUUCCGAUGACGACGAACCAAAAAGGAAAAGGUUAUCGCAACCACAGGGGUCUGGCACAGGCCUUUCCUCUCUCUUACCUCAGCCCAGGAACAUGAGCGUGAAGGCGAUGAACAGACCUCUGAUACCCUACACACUCACCAAGGCUGUGGAACCUAAAGGUCUGAAGGCUGCAGCGUUGGCUAAGGGCUUUGGCUCCAGCGCCUCUCCAUCGGCUAUCAAGGCUGCUGCUAAGUCCGCGGCCCUGCAGCUCGCCAGGCAAAUAGCCGCCGAGGACCAUGACGAGGAGGAUGUGGCCCCAGAAAACUACUUCUCCCUCGGGGAGAGUACGGUGUCGCUCCCCGUCGCAGCGGCCCCCAUCCCAGACCUCGAAUCCCGGGCCCCUAUGGUUACCCUUCCCUUCGUGCCCAGUGUCGACGAAGACGGUCAAUCGGACGCCCCGCUGGACUUUGGCUCCGGCCAAGAGGGGCCUGGGGCCUGGAGCGGCCACCCCCCAGAGUACCCACAGCCAUCACCGGAUCCGGGAGCUCCGGGUUUUUAUAACCAGCCGUACUACCCAGAAGCAAACCCGGAACAAGCUGAUGAUGACGAGGACGAUGAUGAGCCGGGAUCCUCGGAAAUGUUUGAUGAGGAGGCAUUCAUGAGGCUUCAGGGGAAACGCAACCGGGGCAAAGAGGAAAUAAAGUUUCUGGAGAUUAAAGGCGAUGACCAGUUGAGUGGCAACCAGCAGUGGAUGACCAAGAACGUUACUGAGGAAAAACAAGAGCGCAAGUCCUUCAGCAAGAAAAAGGGAGACCAACCUACAGGACAGCAGAGACGAAAGCACCAGAUUACAUAUCUUAUUCACCAGGCAAAGGAACGGGAGCUGGAAUUGAAGAAUAACUGGGCCGAAAAUAAGCUAACGCGCCGGCAGACCCAGGCAAAAUAUGGCUUCUAAGCAGCUGUAUUCUUGACAACCUGGGGCCUGCCGAAGCAUUUUUGGCAGAAGCAUUGACCGUAGAUAUAAAGCUUUCCAGUGUUUUUUCACCCGAGCCAAGGCGUUCUUCAACUGUUGCUUGGGAUGAAAUAUUUUUCUCAUAAAACAGACCUCUCCAUUUUUCCCCCCUUUUGUCCAUCUUGUGUUUAAAAUUGUUCAUAUUGGGAUUUUUUUGUUAACUGUAUUCUAACAUAAUGUUUGGCUCCUGCAUUUCAGCAAAAGCUGUCCUGUGUCUACCCCUUAACAGCUUCUGAUAAGAGCCUAAACAUAUUUCCUAAGAUUAAACAAGUGCUUCAUAACUAUUCCUCUAGCCAGUAAAUGCUAAUGUGACACCCUCACCCUAACCCAUUCAAUUUCCAUGAGUUAGUUUAGAAUAUAUCUUUAUUAUAUUUAUCAUCUACCAUUGAUCAUGCUCUAAUUUAGUCCACUUCAACUCAUCCCAUAGCAUUAGUGACAUGUUGCAUCUUCACCCUAAAUUGGUAUUAACGUAAUAAAGAUUAUUUUUGCAGGGCAUUUUCUUUCCUUUGACUCCCAUUUACCACUUAAGACACUGACCACUCAAUUGUCACAUUUGAGCAAAGCAGUAUGGGAUUUCUGUGCUGAUGUUAUCAUCUCAAUGACUUUGGGGCCAGCUUUUAUAAACAAACUCAAAAGUUUUGAUGAAAUUAAUAAUUUUAUAAUUGUCAAACCAUAAUGUACAAGAACAAUAUAUAUAAAGUUAACAAACAAGUCACACAGACCAAUGCUGGAACUGGAAUACUUUUGAAUCUGAGCAUGUGAAAGUCUAAUCAUUUUCUAACCGAAUGUCAGUAUUUACCCGUUUUACAUUUGUGAUGCAGCCACUAAGUGGCAAUAAAACUGCAUGUCCAUCUUUACGUUGACAAGGAAAUUAGAGAAUAAAGAUAGCUAGGGGCCCGAAGAGUUUUAUUUUGUGGUAUUCUUUGGUGAGGGGAGACCAAAAGACUUGCUAUGAGUUCAUAAAGGUAAUACUCAAGGCCUUUGGUUUUGAAUUUGUAAGUAUUUUUAUUCCUGAAAAUAAUCAGCCAAGUGAAGAGAUUUCUUGGCGAUGAUUGCAGACAUGUUCGGUAUAAAGUAUAAUAAAAAUCAAAAAGACACUAAAUUGAUCUUGCAUUCUUUAUUCACAUCGAUGUCCCCAGAUCAUGAUCCAUUAUUUUUCUAUUAACAUGAUAAUCCUCCUUUCUUUAAGUGGACUUUUAAUUCAGUCCAUCUUUUGGGUGGUUUUCCAUUGGUGG